AGCUAUGGUUAGGCUUCAGAAUAGAUAGAAUGACACACGGUUACAGUGCGAUUUGGUUAAUCUUCCAUAAUUCCCUCGCCGGCCCCUCCUGUGCUCCCCAUUUCCUUCCUCCACCCAACGAGAGCCAAAAGCUUCGCGCCCCACGCCGCCCCGCCGGCGACACCGUCCGUUCCCCGCAGCGACCGGCGACCAGGCCACGGGCUUUGAUCGCCUCCGCCCCGUGCCUACCCCGGCCGCGGGCGUAGCUGCCACCUCCACCGCAGCAGGUCCGGCCCGGCCUCGCCCGGUCCCCCCUCGGCGACUUCUGAUCCAGCCGCGUCGCGCGACAGCUCGUCGUCCGAGUCCGAUCCCCGCCACCGCGGCGGAACGAGGCGUCUCCGGUCCCCGAGGUGAGUCCUCCCCCCCAACCGGUGGUGCGAUUCCGCCCUGGUUUCGAUGGUUGCUUUGCCGUGGCGCGGUCCCAGAUUCGCGACGUAUUCUCCAUCCAAACCCUAGAUUCGCCAUUCCCUGCGUCGCGUCUGCGGCGGGAUUUCAGCGAUUAGGCUUCAUAAGUAUUGUUGCUUUAUUGCUGCAAUAUUAUCGUGCACAAUGCCAUCAACCUUACUUGAUGGUCUCCCUAACGAAGUUGCUCUCCAGUGCCUUGCACGGGUGCCAUUCUUGUUCCAUCCGAUGCUUCAGUUGGUUUGCCGCUCUUGGCGAGCAUCAGUUUGCAGUGGCGAACUUCUCAAAAUUCGGAAUCAGAUUGACGCGACAGAAGAGCUCUUGUGUGUGUUGGCGUUUGAACCAGAAAACAUGUGGCAACUUUAUGAUCCCCUACGAGACAAGUGGAUAACUCUCCCUGUCAUGCCAUCUCAGAUUAGGAACAUAGCCCGCUUUGGAGUGGCCUCAGUUGCUGGAAAGCUCUACGUAAUUGGUGGUGGCAGUGAUCGAGUUGAUCCACUUACUGGAGAUCACGACAGGAUCUUUGCAAGCAAUGAGGUUUGGUCUUAUGAUCCGCUCCACCGAGUGUGGUCCCAGAGGGCUCCUAUGCUUGUGGCUCGAGCGAUGUUUGCUUGUUGUGCAUUGGAUGGGAAAAUAAUUGUUGCAGGAGGCUUCACUAACUGCCGCAAAUCAAUAUCAAAGGCUGAGAUCUAUGACCCUGAAGCUGGCCUAUGGGAGCCUCUCCCUGACCUUCGUCUGGCUCACAGCUCUGCAUGUACUGGACUUGUCAUCAAGGGUAAGAUGCAUGUAUUGCAUAAAGGUCUAUCGACAGUGCAGAUUCUGGAAGAUGGUGGCAGUCAUUGGGCUGUUGAGGAUUUUUCUUGGCUGCAAGGCCCAAUGGCGAUGGUUGGUGGAGAGCUGUAUGUGCUGAGUAACAGCUGCAUUAUGAAGCAACGUGGUGAGAAUUUCCCUGAUAAGAUGGUGUCAUGCGCAUCUGAGUUCCAGAGCAGGAUCGGUUUUGGGAUGAUUGGUGUGGGUGACAACAUAUAUUUGGUUGGGGGAGUGAUUGGACCUGGGCCGAGAAACCAAUGCAUCAAGCCGCUAUCUGAUGUUGAUAUCUUGAAUGUCACAAGUGAGAGACCAACCUGGAGACCAGGGUCACCGAUGACACAUUGCCGAGGGAGCAUCUGCGGCUGCGCUUUGUUGAGGAUUUAGCCUCUCCCCAGUGUGAUAAUGUGGUAUUCCACCAUUGCUGAAGUGAUUGGAGACGUCCUAAGUUUUAUUUUAUUUUGUUUUAUUUUAUUUUCAAGCCAAUGACUCAAUGUUGGACUGCCAAUGAGAUAUGUACUAUAUUGACAUGAUUGGUGUUCCAAAGAGCAUUAUAUACUUCAUUUUCAUAUGGAAUUUACAUGCUUAGGUGCUGUUUAAA